AACAUUCACAUUUAAAACUUCACCCUGUAAAUGUAUUCGGCUCUCGUAUCUAAAAAUCUUAUGUAACACUUUCUUUUCUAUUUAAAAAACAAAAAACUACAAAAAAAAAUACUAGUAGCUAUGGAGGUGUUUUCAGAAGACAUGCGAUCUGUCCACAAAUUUGGAUUCUUCCACAAACGGUCCGAGCUGAUGAUAAUGUUGCCCCAGGUGCCCAAGCUGCGGGACAUCUUUGAGCUGUUUGCCGUCAAGGUGAACGCAAGGGCGCAGGCGAAGGUGGAGGGAACUCCAGCCGAGGCAGGUAUCGGAGCGGAGACGGUAGCGGGAUCAGCAGGAACCGCCUCAGUGGCUGGAGAAGCAGACGUCGAAGCUAAGGCCAAAGAAGAAGUGAACGCAGAAGUAAAAGCUGAAGAAGGCACAGCAAUUGGAGCUGGAACUGAAGAACAAUCGGGCUCAGUAACCGUUUUAGGUGGGGCCCCGACAAUAGAUCUCUCUGAUGUGGCCGAAUGCCUCCGAACCAUGGGCUUAUUUCCCAGCGAAAAGUGGCUUUCCGACCGCGUGGUAGAGCAACUCCGUCGUCGCGAAGCGCUGGGACCAUUGGGCGCCCAUGUGGCAAGAAGGGCGUCCUUCGAGUUGGUCCUCACGCUCUACUGCCAACUGGCCACCCUGAAUGACGAGCUCACCGCCGACGAGGUACUGGUAGCUCUGCGCAGUUGCGACCGCCAAAGAUCCGGUGUCCUGUCCUACUCCGAACUGCGUCACAUGCUGACCACCGUCGGUGAGCGCCUGGAGGAGGCGGAGGUCUUCAGUCUGCUCCAUACAGUCUCGGACAUUAGCGGGAAUGUCCACUACGAGCAUCUGGUAAAGAAGAUGUUCGCCAAGGACGGCCAGACGGAGGAGACGGUGCAUCAGGCCAGGCUGUAUCUGCAGGCUAUUGGCCGCAAUGCCAUCGACAUGGACAUGGCCAAGAGGGACGAGUUUAUUGAUGCCCUGCGAGAGGCCGAUCCCAGCAACACUGGCUACAUCGAUCAAUCUAUUUUGCUCAGCGUACUCAAUCGCAGCGAGGAACACUUCACCAGCGAGGAGCUGCAGAUUCUAACCCGGGGCAUGGAGGAUGAGGGUCAUCCGGGUAUUAACUACAGGCGUUUCCUGCGCUUCAUCAUGCACGAGUAAGCAGAUCAGUCGAAUAAGGAAUCCUUAUUGGAAAAAGUCUAGAAACUCAUAUCACAUUUACAUUGUAUCGAUUACAAAUAAAACCUUCAAACUUUUUUGUUUAA